AUGCCUAUCGGAUUUCCAGACCCAGCAUUAGUCAACCAAUCUUUGAGCUUGGCCUUGCUCACCGAGCAACACGUCCAUGAGCUCACCAGAGCGACGUUGCGAGAACAGAUCGAAAACAACCUGCGACUGCAAGCAGAGCUUGACCAUUCUAACGAAAGAAUCCGAAAACUUCAAAUGCGGAUGAAGUUGAUGAAUGAUGUUCCCAAUAACUAUUCCAAUACAAAUUUUGAGUCUGGUUCCACUCGUGUGCCUGAUAGGAACGACUCUAACAAAGCUGUCAGGGUAGCAGUCGGACAGGACAACAACGAAGGUACUGCGAGAGGUGAUGGCGUGAACCCAUACGAGGAUAAAGGAUGCCUGAAGCCUGCUACCGCGGCAAACGGGUCUGCAGAAGUCGCGGAUGCUGUUAAUCAUCUGAUCAAUGACGGGCCAGAGAGUGAACUCGAUGACAGUAAAUUGUUCGACCUAGGCAUUUUGGAAGGUUCCGCUCUUGAAGGUACCCUUUGCUCUCAUGCGCGUCAAACCUUGCGCAAACACUUUGUCGUCGACUCUCAUCAAGAGACAAUCACAGCAACUCCUGUCCAACAAUGCUCAAACAAACUGAUUGAGGUAUCGCCUGAAUCUAUCUCCAGUGAAAGUGGUCCUGUUGCACCCAGAGUCAACAAACUGCUUUCGUUGUUCCAAGUUCCUUCAACAAGUACAAACCCCGGGCCUGAAUCCACGACAACCAUGACAUCUUACGAUGACAUUAAGAACCUCCGUUUCUACAGCUUUGAUAACGGAAACAUGACUGAGGGCGCUUCAAAGACCAAUGAUGAAGGCAACGGAUCUGAAGACCAAGAUGGGUUGACAGACCUCAAAACUCCAGCCACGACUUCCGCAACCGAAUCUCCUACUUUCAUCGGCGAAAUCCCAGCAGAGUUCCCGGGUCAGCCUAUGUGGAAGAUUCAUAAGGACAACCCAAUCUUUCAUGACAACUCCGAGAAGGAGCGUGCCAAACAUUUCAGCGGUAUUCCUCUGGACCCAAGCUCCCAAUUUUACAAUCAUCCCGUUCGCUAUCUCCCAGAAAAUGGUGUAAAGAGCGAAGAUACCUUCCGCACUGUCAUGAUCGACCACAUUCCGCUAGGUACUUGUGCAAAUGAGGUCCUUCACAUCAUUCGUGGUGGAGCAGUGGAGUCUAUUGAGAUGGUUGGGCCCAUCGGCAAGGCUACAGACUACAUGACUGCACGCGUCGUUUUCAUUCUGGAAGACAGUGCAAUGGCCAUGGCCAAACUUCAAGAUCUUGAGAUCAACCGCGUCAAGCUUUAUUGCUGGCUUGUUAGAGAACCCACCUACCCGCGCAGUGGUGAUAUGGAGGAAUUCGUCACUGGAGGUCUCGAUGCUACCAGAAUUCUUUGGAUCAACAACCUCAAACCUGCUCAAUACACCCAGAUCCAAGGUGUAAUCAUGGGUCUCGGUCUUGGUCGUCAGCUGAUUGGACUCGACUGGGGAUGGGAGAGCCGUGCGGUUCUUGAGUUCACGUCAAUCAAGGCUGCUGUGAAGGCAGCAAAAUGUAUUUUGAAGCAUCCAGUCUACGCAGAUGCGACGAUCAGCUUUGACGAGGACUACACAAGCAAAGAGUAG